AUGACAAAUCCUUAAAUAAAGAUAAAAAGAAAAGAUUGUUCAAUAUUAUUGACUGGAUGUAAUUCAAAAAUUAAAGUAUUUGAUUUCAACCAAGGAAUGACCAAAGAAAGUUAAAUUUUAAGUUAAUUUCAGAGUAAUAUAUUUACUCUAGAUUCAUGGAUAAAUCAAAUUAGUUUAUAUCUGGGAGUAAUGAUGGUUCUAUUAUUGUAUGGGAAUACAAUUCAAAUAAUUAAUGGAUUUGCUAAUAAAUAUUAAAUGGAUAUGGUGGUUCUAUCUAUUGUUUAAUAUUAAAUAAUAAUGAAGAUCUAAUUGUAUCAGGGUGUAGAGAUGCCAUUUUGGAUGAAAAAUAAUGAAUGGAUGCGUUAGUAAACAAUUACAGAUCAUCAUAAAGAGAUAGAUGAUAGAAUUUUCUCUUGUGGCAGUGAUAAUUUUUUUUAGUAUUGGAAGAAUAAAGAUAAAAUAAAUAAUGGAUUUGUAAUAUAAAAGAUAACAGUAGAAUAGUUUGGACAUUGGGUAUGCUUUUUUGAUAAUAAUAUGUUCACAUUCUCAUAAUUUGAGAAAGAAUCGUUAUCAAUUUUUGAGAUUAAUAGUAUCAAUUAAUAAUUUACAAAAACUAGUGAUAUUAAUGUAAACUGUGGAUCGGAUAAUUUUUUUUAUUUCCUUAAUAAUUUAUCAAUUCACAAUGUAUCCUUAUGACUAAGAUAAGCGAAAAAGUCUAAUUGAUAAGAAAACAAUUAAAUGGACAAUUUGUAACUGAAUAGUCUAUUCAUAACGAUGAAUAUCAAAUAUAUGUAAGAAUGAGUGAUGAUGGAGGGUAUUUGAUUACAUGGGAUUAUAAAUGA